AUUUUCCCCGUCGGCAACAGACAGCAUGCGACCGUCGGAGGAUAUCAUGGCCGUGCCCGAGACGGCCGCCAACGUCGGCGACGGCAAGAGCGUCCGCCGGAAGCAGAAGUUCGGCGGCCGCCGGUCCGUGUGGCCCGGCGCGCUGGCGCUCACGCUCGGUAUCCUCGGCGCCAUCGGCGGGCUCAGCUACUGGGGCGUCACGUCCACCAAGACAUGCUCAACCGCCAGCCCAACAACGCGGACCUUGCGCUCAUCUAUGGCUCGGGCACGACGAUUACAGAUGGCUCGGGCACGACGACCAACUCGUCGGCGCUGCCGCUUUCGAUCACCAACCCGACCGAGUACGAGGACAAGGGCUGCGCGCAAAUCAACUAUGUCACGAACAACAACCAGAUCAUCAUGCAAACAUCGUCGAGCAACAAGCCGCUCGUGUUCAAGGGCGUCAACUGGCGCGGCAUGGAAGGCUGGGACCACGUGAUCACGGGCCUUUGGGACGGCGCCCGCGACGGCAACACGCUGUACCAAAUCGGCUCGUUCUUGGCCAAGAACGGCUUCAACGCGGUGCGCUUCCCGAUCGACGUGGACGCGACGGCGCGCAACAUUAUGGUCAAGACCAACUUCAACACCAACUCGCAGCGUGCGCUUGCGUCGCUGAACCGCUACAUCCAAGUGCUCACGGCGCUCACGGAAGGCCUCGGUCAGUUCCAGAUCGCGGUCGUCUUUGACUUCAACACGCGGUCGGUCGCGGAUCUCAACCAGACGGACCGGUCGGUCAUGGACUGGUCACUGCGCAACUCGUCGGACGACCUCCAGGGCAACGGAUGGGAAAACAUCAACGUCAAAUUGGCGCAGUACGAGCUCGCCGUGCAGGGCCUCGCGACCGCCAUGUGCAACGCCAAGCACUGGAACGUCGUUGGCAUUGACGUCAAGGACGUGCCCGCGGGUGCGUCGGGGCAGUGGGACGGUGACGAGAAGACCAACUGGAGCAGCUUUGCCACGAAGGUUGGCAAUGCGAUUCUCAAGGCGUGCCCGCAGUGGCUUGUCUUUGUCCAGGGCAUGACGACGUCGUCCAAGUUUGGCUCGGGCGACGCGGCCAAGACGAUCACCGACUGGCCCGGCGCGUCGCUGUCGUCGGCCGUGCAGUCGCCCAUCACGCUCUCGACGCCGAACAAGGUGGUGUACGCGCCGCCGUUCUGGACGCCGUCGCUGUACCCGCAGCCGUACUUUUUCAAAGAGUCGAAGGGUCUCUCGAUGCUCUCGUCGUACACGGAGUUUCCGGACGCAGCCUCGCUCCAAGCGUCGAUUGAUGACGCGAUGGCCAAGAUGUUUACGGGACUUCUGACGUCGACGACGGCACCGGUCGUGCUCUCGUACUUUGGUGGGCUCUACGGCACGGACGACCUCUAUCCGAAGGGCACGGCAUCGCGCGUCAUUGAUUGCAUCAUCAACCGCAUGACGAGUGGCAACAAGCCGAUCGCCGGUGGCUUUUGGUAUGCGCUCAACCCGGACCAGAGCUGGCCGCACCCGGGUCCGAACUCGUCGAUCCCGCAGUCGGGCGGUCUCUUGGAUGCGACGUGGCGCGCGGCCAACCCGAACCAGCUCGCGGCGACCACCAAGAUGAACGACAUGCCCGGCCUCGGCUUGGUCACGUGCGACCCGCGAUAAAGAAUGGACCCCACGACAUCCUGAUGAACAAUUUACGACUACCUUUUGCA